UGCAGAUCAAAAGUGAAGAUGAAAUCGAGUUAAUUAAUCGCUCAUCAAGUUAUACAGUUUCUAAAUCUUUGAUUUGUGCAAAAAUUCCAUUAUUCAAUGAAUUGUGUUCCUCUCAAAUUGAAAAUAAAAUUCAGUUUGAUCUAAACGAGUCUUGUUUCGAAUCAGUAAUUAAUUGGGUACAUUCUGAUUGCAUUGUCAUUAACAUGGACGACAUUUUACCAAUGAAUAAAGUUGCUGAUCAUCUGCAGAUUGCAUCUAUAAAAAGUUUGUGUCAAUCGUUUUUUGAUGAAAAUUUUACAGCUAACAAAUUCCUGCUUUGAUUAAGCAUGUAAGAGAUGAUAACUCAUUACUGAACUUCAACAAAAUCAAUUCUUUUUUGAGUAGAAAUUUUUUGAGACUCAUAAACGGUGAAUAUUUCUUGAAAUUUCCGUUGGAAGUUGUCAAAUACAUUCUAUCGUUGGAUUUAUCUAUCGAAACUGAGUAUCAAGUGUUUGAGCCAUCAUGAAAUGGGUUGAACAUGAUAAAUCGCGUGGUGUGCAUCUUCAGGAGCUGAUGAAAUGUAUCAGAUGGUGUCACACAUUAGAAGACUGUUAUGUGCAUAUAAAAGAAGAUGAAUUUAUCAUCAAAAAUCUACCACAACUUGAUGAAUUAGCAUGUAGUACCGUCGAAUGCCGAAAUCAAUGUUUUUAUAGCCGAAUCAAAGAGAAACAUUUAAUUUCUCUUUUUUAUGUGGAAGACAAUAUCAUGAGUAUGAGUUAUUUCACCGGGAAAAAUUGUUGGGAACCUUGUGGCUCAUUCGUAGAAGAUGAUAAAAUUCCUAUUGGUGUCAUAAACGAGGAACAUGUUGUCGACGUUAUCUUUGAUUCUGGCCGAUCUGGGAUAAGAUUUGAUCUUGUUGGAAAAAAAUAUCGUUGGUUAGAGAUGUCUGGAUCUUCAAGUGCUUAUUAUAAUCAACUUUACGAUUUUUUCAAGCCAAAAUUUGAUAUGAAGAAUUCCUACAGAGCCUGCAUUCAAGAUGAAGUUAAGAAAAUUGAUUCUUGGGAUGAUCUCGAAAAGAACACUUUGAUUGAGUACAACGGAGAAAUGAAUACCAUUUGUUAUACACAAGAGGAUCAAAAAUUGUAUUGUUUCUUGCCUGUCGAUUAUUUUGAUUGGUACAAAGACCCAUUUGAUGAACAUCGAGUUCAUGCUAUCAUCUUAAACGAUGUAUGUUACAUCAUCACUAAAUCAUUGACUUUCCGUAUCUUCGAUAUGGUCAAGAAAACUAUCGAGAAGAGUAAACCUUUUGAUGGAAUGAAUUUAUCUUUUGAAGAUUUGCAGCUUGACUCGCACAAAUCAAAUGUGAUACUCUUGAUAAAAUCUCAAAAGAAAGUAAUGAUGUUCGAUACUCGCAAUAAAGAGUGGACAUUGAUGAGUCAGAUUUUUUCUGAAUAUAAAUUGAUAGCUUUGACUUCAACUGAUAUUCCAGUUCAGUUUAUCAAAAAGUUGUAUUCAAAAAAGCGAGUUAUUGGAAAAAGUGUUUCAACUCGAUCUAAAAAUGCAGAUCUGAUCAAAACAUUUGAAAAUCUUCAAUGGAAGAAAAGUAGAGACAGUGAUUCGAUCGAACUUGCGUCACUUUUCCGAGACAAAACUAAUGGACUCGCUAGUGGUUUUUUCAGAAUGAAUGGUGUUUGUGAAAAACCAUUACAGAAAACAGCUAAUUAUAAAACUAUAUAUACAUUACUGAAAGGAUCGGUAGCUUUUAAAAUUGCUGAUGACCCUUACAUGGUCUUAAACGAAUUUGAAUCAGUCACUAUUCCUGAGCUAACCAGCUAUGCUAUUAAAAACUUAUCAAAUGAUGAAUCUGUUUUAUAUUUCAAUGCAUACCAAAAUUGAUUUCGCAAAAUUGAAUUCCUCAUCAAAUGUUGUAUGUUAACACCAUCCAUAA